AUUAAACAAAUCAUGGUUUCUUUUCAAAUUAUAACAAGGGGGACAAUUUUGUUUCAGUGGGUUUGUUUUUAUAUCAACAUGGCUUUUUGAUUAUAGAUCCAUUGCGUCACAAAAGAUAGCACUUGAUAGUCAGUGCUGACAACACUGACAACUUGGUUGAUCUGAAAGCUUGAUAGCUUAUUGUACUUGCUCGUUAAACAUCUUGUGGAUGGCACUAAACGAUGAGGGAAGAUGAUGAUGGCUGAUCAGUUUCGAAAGGGGGAGCAAUAUUCGCCAAAAUCGUCUCCCAGAGGGGCUCGAUCCCCUGUUGUUUCACGUCAGGAUUCUACAGGAACUCUUAAAACGACGAUCUCGCUAGGGAAGAAUCCGUCUAUCGUCCAUAGCGGACCCUUCUAUUUAAUGAAGGAGCCCCCAGGGGAAAGCGAUUUGACUGGGGCCACAAAUUUGAUGGCAUAUUAUGGCUUGGAGCAUUCCUACAGCAAGUUCAGUGGCAAGAAGGUGAAAGAACAGCUCUCCUCGUUCCUCCCAAACCUGCCGGGCAUGAUCGACACGCCGGGCCACCAGGACAACAGCUCCCUGCGGUCCAUCAUCGAGAAGCCGCCCAUCGGCGGCAAGGAGCUGCUGCCCCUGACGGGCUUCCAGCUGUCCGGCUUCCGCCUGCACCCGGGGCCGCUGCCCGAGCAGUACCGCUACGUGAACCAGGUGCCGCAGCGCAAGCAUAAGAGCAAGCACAAGAGCAAGCACAAGCACAAGGCGGGCGACACGCCCGGCCAGGAGGCGCAGGCGGCCGAGCUGGGGCAGGACACUCACGAGAAGAAGCACAAGAAGCAGAAGAGGCACGACGAGGACAAGGAGCGGAAGAAGAGGAAAAAGGAGAAGAAGCGCAAAAAGCAGAAGCACAGCCCGGAACAUCCGGGCGGGCUCACGCCGAGUCAGCAUUCCACCGGUUGAGGGGAAACUUUGGUUGCCAGACUGAUUUCUGAUAAGUACAAAAGUUGAGCUUCGUUGCGAAACUAUGUCAAAGAAUCUAUAUACAUGAUAUUUAGUUAUUUUGCUCUCAAUUUGAUAACUUGAACAGUGUGUUGUAUAAAUCAGGGAAUUGGUAGCAUACAGUGCAACACAAUACAUAUUUACUGUGUAAAUACAAAAUAGUCAUAAACAGUUAUAAAUACAUAAGGUAUUCUUAACUUAUUAUGAUGCUUUUUUUGGCUGUCUUUUAUUUGAACAUAUUACAUAAUGUCCACAAUAUAGUCCUUACCAAAAACUUAUCUUCCAUUUUAUUGGCUGGUUAUGUAAUUUUGUGAGACCAAAUAUAAAAAAACCCUUCCAUUUUUUUUUUGCUCGUUGCAAUCUACCAUAUACAUAUUUUACGGCCGUCGACUUCCUAAAACCUAUGUCGACCGUAAAUAUGAGAAUAAGCUAAAAAGUGGAAAUGAAAUAGGUAAUAGUGAAAUAAAUAUGUAGAGUGAUGGGGAAGAGGAAUGGAAGCUAAUUUACCAGGAUUGUCUGUCAGUGAAUUAUUUUUGAUAUUCUUAAGGUCCUAAGUGGACAUUAGAAAGCAGGCUCUCAACCACUCAUCUGUUUGCUAGAGUGGGCGCGCAGGUGAAGAGUCCCUUUUCAAUGAUAAAUAAGCGGUUAAUACUUAAAACAAGAAUUGGGUGAUUUUAAAUUCAACAAACAGUUUUUAUUAUAAUAAUUCUGGAUAUUAGGCUUUUGACACAACUUUCUGACUAAAAUUUAUAUAAUCAUUAAACCCUAUAAUCUGCUUAAAAGCCAUAUCUAACCCUAUUAGGAAUAAGACAUUAAAUAAAUGAGUCAUGUUGUCUGCCAUUUCUGUAUAUGUAUUCUUAACCACCUCUGUUUCGGUGGAUAGUGUUUCGUCUUGUGAGCCCUACCAACUUUACCGUGUAUACUUUUCUAGCGAGUGAAUUUAUGUUAACUUUAAAUUAAGUAUUGAUGUAUUUCUUUACCAAACUUAAACAGUUUAAAAAGUUACAAUAUCAAAGAGUUUUUUUAAAUUUGCCCAUGUUUUCCUGGGUGAGAAGUUUUUCAGAGGGGAGAAGUCCCUCAUUCCUUUCGUCUACUUCCUACAUCAGCCUACUGCCAUUACUAAACCUUUAGCGUUGAACCAUUGUUUCUGGUUACUAACCAAUUGUAGUCAUUCCUGGUGGCGGUGAAGCGUGGCUUCCCACCUACUGACCCCAUGACAGAAUAAUUACAGUGGCUUAUGAAGCCCUAUCUGACAGAGUUUGCAUUUAUCACAACCACGCGAACUCUUCCAGUGUGUCAAUUUCAAAUAUUCCCAAUCGCUGAUUCAGUGUUUGUUUUCUCCCUCUCGUUCGUGGUCUUCUCUGUCGCUCCCUAUGUCACUGCCCCCCUAUUCCUCUGCUCUGCUGACUGGCUAAUUUAGACUCUUCAGUUUUUUUGAAGGUCACCUGCUGCUGGCUGCGCACGACAAACACACUUGUCGUCACUGGUUGUGUUACGCUACUGGUCGCAAACAUUUUGUUAGGCAACCAGGCUCGUGCUUCCGGUGGCUGUGUAAUCUGUUUACAGUUGACUACAUUUUCGUUCAUCAUGUCUCUCAUUCCGUAACUUCUAGAUGGUUACUCUUUACAAAACCAUUUGUGUAUAUAUAACAAAAAACAUCUCCCAUGUCUUUAAACUUACCAAGUUAAGUAUCUCUCAUUUUUAGGGUUGUGUCAUUAUUUAAACAUAUUUGACAAAUUAACAAGUUCAUAUACCUAUACAGUUGAUGAAAAUCCAAUUUGAAAUCCACUACAUUAUGAUGAAUCUGAUGUUCCUAGACUUGCUACUAACACCUUGUGUCACAGAGUGCUGGAAUAUAUUAUAUCACCACGGAGGAGGUGGUAUAGGUAUGUUCUUAAUCUUCGGAGGCUGAAGUUAAGAAAUAUUAACAUCGGGUAUACAAGUGGUGUUCUAGGUGAGCAAUAAAGACUGUGGCCACCCCUGGUCUGUAUGAGCUGCUCUACGUUGUUGGGACACAUAAAAUCAAAUACAGUAACACACUGUCUUGAGGAAUAGCCAUUUAAUUAUCAUUUGCAUAUGCCCAUGUAGUUUUGUUGUAUUGCUUUGUCCAUAGUUCGAGAAUGUUGAUUAAGCUUCUCAGUUUUUUGACAUCUAGCAGUUUGGUAGGUUAGGUUAAAAAUAUAGCCACCCUUCAGCAGGGGUGGACAAAAUUCUUGAGAUGUUAAAUUUUUCUGGAAUGCUAGAACAUGAGAAUUCUGGACUGGAUUUUCCCCAAAUACACUAACAUAGUUUUUACAGUGCUUUCAUUCUAAAAUAAAAUUUAAUCACUAAAAUAAAUUGUAUGCUCUAUUUAUGUGAUCACGUUUGCAUAGAAAUGAAUGGUAGCUGAUUGGAGAUUGUUCAUGUUCUUUGCUAUGGAUCUUGAUCCCAAUGAUGAUGUAUCAGGAAGUAUUUCUUACGAGCAGAGUUAUAAAAUAUGUCCCUAUAUAUUGGGUAUUUAUUUCCCAUGAACUUGGUUCACUUGUACAUUUUGUCCACUGCUGUUUUUUAAGAUUGCUUGUGGUCUGGUACAGGGGCAUAUGCACCAUUAUACCCCGAAACUCUAAAAACCUUCUAAAAAUGUAUCAUUCCCACCAACCAAAGGAAAGAAUUUGAAAGCUACCAAAUGGCUAUAUAGUUAUCCCUUCCCUCAAAAUGAAAUUCUGCAUAUGCUUCAGGAAUGCACUUAAGGAUUGGAAACCACACCAUUAUUAGAACGUAGGCUUUAAUAUUUGUGGUUAUGGACACAAAGUGUCUUGCUUCUGUACCGAGUACCCCUCAGCAUGAUGGCUCAUGUUAGAGUGAUAUGCCUUGCGUAAAUACACAUUUGCAACUCUUGCUCCAGGAUUAACAGUGUAGGCAGCCACCAAAUUGACUUUAAGGAAGGAAAUACAGUAUUGUUUCAGUAUUUUUUUAAUGACUUUAUUGCAUCCAGUCAUAUUGUGCUAACUUUCAAAUGAUAGCUUUAUGUGGGGCUAAUGGGUAUGCAGCCACUUCUGUAAUAAGUGGCAAAGAUCUGUGGAAGGAGCUGUGGGAUUGGCAAUACAGCCUACCGUUUGCCUCUGCCGAAGUAACACUUGUAAUGGAGUAGACAGGUCAUCCAAAGACACAAACUUUGACGUCGUCUGGCCGACGACCACCCCAGAGCCCGACCUGCACCCGCCAGUAUACGCUCCCGCUAACGGAACACACCCCUGGCCAUGGCCCACCCGAGUCAGGCGACCCGAACAGCAAUCAAAGACAAAGCCGCGGAAACCUGAGUAGACAAGAGAAGAACCGUACCCAUUCCUCCUAAAACAUUAAAUUAGGAUUUUAGCGACAAUAAAAUCUCUUCCAGACACACCCGUUUGGAGUCUAGCGUAAUGAGGUCACGCCUGGCGCGAGAGAGGCCGAGCCUCCCUCGGACGCCAUGCCAGUUCGGCAGUUCAGCGCAGCUCAUGGACCGGGGCGGACCUACGUCCCACGGAGAGGCAACAUCCUUUGUCUACAUCGAAAGUAACGUCCGGUAAAUAUAGUCACUAAUUAACAGAACCCCUUUUAUUACUUAACCUCUCCGUGAGUACCCGGUCCCUUUUUUCGGUCCAGGACCUAAUCCGGCCGCAUCAAUUUAAAGACACCCCGCACCACACUUGGUCAACGGGGCUGCUCUUCAGUAUACGGCACGGGCCGCCUCCCGCAACUUACAGAACUUUAUUUAAGGUCACGCGCACGGCGCUGACCACAAACCCGCAAGGGAACUUGGACAAACUUAAUUGCGGUGCGUGUUUCACCACAGUGGGCACAACACCCGCGCCGAGACAUUUGCAUACGGGAUUGGCCGUCUCCAAUCGUCCACCCCCUUAAUUCAGUGUAUUUUUGUAUCCCGUAUUUUGUAUUGCUAACUUACGUUACCCGAGUAACGAGUGCCACGUAACUUGUGCGCGCCCCCUUAAUUCAGU